AUGCCUCAGUAUAAGGUUAACCAACAAGUUCGCUAUAAACCUGUCGGCGGCCCUGAGAGCCACACAUCCGAAACAGUCGGUAAAAUCCAAAAAGUCAUUACCGAACCCGGAAAUCUGACAGGCCGCGAAGUAGCAGCCUCAGCUGAAGUUCCACGCUAUGAGAUUGAAAACAGCAAUACCGGCAAACGGACCGCGAUCAAGGAACCCAACAUCCUUGGACCUGCCUAA